AUGGCGUCCAACCACAACCCCCGCUGUCUCUGGCAGCCCCGCGACCCUUCCAAGACAAUGUUGAGCAAGUUUCGUCGCUUUGUUAACGAACGACAUGGCCUCGAUCUGAAGAACUAUCAAGAGCUCUGGAAAUACUCAACUGCGGUCGAGACGGCCAACGACUUUUGGGUCGAUGCAUUCGUCUUCGUGGGAUUGAAGGGAGACGUUGUCCCAACUAUCGCGCUGGCGUCCAGAGAUAGAGAGAGGUUUCUGCCUCCCCCGAUCUGGUUUCCCGAGGUCAAGCUCAAUUUCACAGAGAUGUUGUUGUCGGGUCGCGAUCCGCGCAAGGUCGUCCUCUACACUUGCACAGAGGGCGGGAAUGAUGUCCAAGAUGUAACGUGGGGGCAACUCAUCGCGCAGGUGACGAGGAUGGCCGACGCGAUGAAGUCGUCCGGGGUGGUCCAAGGCGACCGAGUGGCUGGGGUGCUCUCAAAUCGACUUGAGACAGUCGUCGCCUGCCUAGCCACCUUGUCCAUGGGUGCCAUUUGGUCCACUUCUUCCCCAGACAUGGGAGUCGAGGGUGUCCUGGACCGCGUACGCCAGAUUCGACCAAAGCUGUUGUUCGUCGAGAGCGAUGUUCUCUACAACGAACGAAUUCUGGAUCAGAGGGAAAAGAACAGGGCGUAUGCCAAAUCCAUGCUCGUGACUCCCGAGUUCACGAAUAGCGUGGUUAUACCGAGGAGUCAGCAAGUGCAUGAGGACCCGGAUCUCAAAUUGGUCUCCCUCGACACCUUCCUCAAACGGGCUAAAGGGAGACCCUUGGACUUCAAACGGCUGCCGUUCGCACAUCCGGGCUUUAUUGUGUAUUCAUCAGGCACGACAGGGCCACCCAAGUGUAUCGUCCACAGCGCUGCGGGGCUUCUACUCCAGUCGAGAAAGGAUUCUGUGUUGCAUUUCGACGUCCAGCCGGGUGAUAACAUCCUACAGUACACAACGGUAAUCCUACAGCCAUACUGCAAAGACAGAUGGGACAUGAUCGAUCUUUCUUGUCUAAAAUGCGUCACUUCUACAGGAAGCACGUUGACCGCGGAAGUCAGCGAAUGGUUCUACGAUGUGGGAUUCCCACGACACGUGCAUCUCGUGUCAACGAGUGGCGGUACUGACAUCGCCGGCUCAUUGGUGACGGGAAACCCGACACUUCCACUCUACUCUGGCGAAAUCCAGUGUGAGACGAUAGGUAUGGCGACACACAUUGCUGAUGCCGAAGCGACGAAUGCCGUCUCUGUCAAACAAAUAGGCCAAGCAGGGGAGCUCGUCUGCCGUAUGCCUUUUCCCAGUCAACCUUCAUUCUGGGGGGAGAAAACUCUCGAGAGAUACCGCGCGUCAUAUUUCGAAAGAUACGGAGACAAAAUUUGGUUUCAAGGCGACUUUAUUCAAAUGAACCCCAAGACUCACGGGUUCCUGAUGCUGGGGAGAUCCGACGGGGUCCUCAACCCGUCUGGAGUGCGAUUCGGAUCCGCGGAGAUAUACGAGGUCGUGGAAAGGAUCCCCGGUAUAGCGGACUCUUUGUGCGUAGCUCAACGUCGUCCACAUGACCAGGAUGAAGUUGUCGUGUUGUUUGUCAAGAUGGCCAAAGGUCACAAAUUGACCCCGAGGCUGAAAUCGACCAUCGCAACCGCCAUUCGCACAGCUCGGACACCCAGACACGUACCAAAGUAUAUUUUCCAAGUGCCGGACAUCCCAUACACGAUCAAUGGGAAGAAGAUUGAGCAAGCAGUCAAAGCGAUCAUCUCCCGUGGCAAGUCGAAACCGAACGGGGCCGUGGCCAAUCCGGAGUCGUUCAAAUACUUUGAGCGCUUCUACGAGAUCGAGAAACAAGCCCAGGGGGAACUGGUUCUGGCCAAGAUAUAG